GAGAGAAGUAUAUUUAGCUUCUUAGUCCAUGUUACUUUAAAAUUAGUAAUAUCUAUUAAAAUCCACCACCAGAGUUGAAUUUUUUUGGGAAAAAUCUGUAGAAAAAUUAUUCGAAUCGACAAGUAAGAGUGAAAUGUUCGAUAUUAAAGAUGUUGAAGACAAUCUUAAUUCUGAAAUGUUGCAUUAUUUCAGAGGAGAAAGAGAUGGAUAUGUGCAAGUUGGAGAAAAAAAAUGGUUUCUUCCUGUGAAGUACAAAAAGCUCGCCGAGGCAUACAAGAACUUUGAGGUUAGAUCUGAUGAUGUGUGGAUUAUAGGGUAUCCAAGAUCAGGUACUUCACUGACAGAAGAGUUAACCUGGUUACUCACCCAUAAUUUGGACUAUGAAGGCGUGAAAGAUUACAGAGCCCAAUUUUUCGAGAAUAAUCUUGUGUUAAACGAAAAAACAGUGAAGGAGAUCAUUGAAAAAUUUCCAAAUGAGGAAGACAUUAUUCAGAAAAAAAAGAAUAGUUUGGAACUCCUGCGGAAUGAGAAGAAGAGAAGAGUUAUAAAAACUCAUUUACCAUUUGAACUUCUGCCUGAAGAUGUUUUCAAGAAGGGAUGCAAGAUAAUAUACAUAUGUAGAUAUCCUAAGGAUGUGGCAGUUUCCUAUUUCUUUCUACAAUCAUCGAUACGGCAUAUCGAUUUCUGUGGGGAUUUAUCAAAAUUCUGGCAGUACUUCCGAAAUGGAAAUACUAUGUUUGGACCUUACUUUGAUCACGUAGAGCAAGGAUUCAAAAGAAUAGGUUCGAAAAAUUUCCUUUUCAUAUUUUAUGAGGAAUUCAGGAAGAACAUGUCAGCUUUCAUAAGAAAACUAACAGAAUUCCUGGAAAUUACCUUAUCUGAGGAAGACUUGACGAAAUUGAAGAAUUAUAUGGAUUUCGAAAACUACAGAAAAAAAGAGAUCAAUGUCAAGGAUAAGGACAACAACCCUGUUAAUUUUUGCAGAAAGGGAGUGGUAGGAGGUUGGAAGGAACAUUUCUCUGAAAUAAUUAACGAAGAAGCUGAGUCUUGGAUAAAGAUGAAUGCUGAAAGGAUUGGAAUAAAAUAUCCUGAAAUGAAAUAAUUAUAAGAUUUCAAAAAAAUAUUUUCUUCUUGCUUUCAUUUGACCUUUUCGAUUAUCUCAAAAUAAUAUACUUAAAUGGUACACAUAUUUUUGUACUCUUUUUUUCAAUUAAACUAUUUCGAUCAAAAUUAAUACAUACGAAAAUAUUAACUAUUUAUCUUGACACUAAAGAUUAAACAGGAAGUAAUUGA